AUUCGAAGCAUUUUCGAAAGCUUUUUAACUAAGAACCUUUAAGCGAGAGCUCGUUUAUCAUGAAACGGUCUUUUAUAAAAAUUUUGUUUAAAUAUUUUUUAAGUUUCUGCCUAUUUCAAAAGGUAUUAUCACAAGUUCCAGACUGUCAAUUUCCUGAACACCAUCCUGAGAACCAAGUAGCCAAUAAUCUUAUCAAUGAUAAAGAAGCGUGCACUAACACCUAUGUCGAAUGUAUAAAUACAGCUGACGAGACCUGUUUUGAAACAUAUAAUAAUUGUUUGCAAGAGGCAUUAGAGAAUUUCAAAGAAGCUGCCGUAGAUUAUGAUCUUUUAAUCAAACUUUUUAUGGAGGCACAAAAUGAAGCUGAUGUAGAUUGCAAUGCACUUUGUUUAUAUGAUAUACUUUUUAAGAAAUUAUUGGAAAAUCAUAUAUUUUGUGGAUAAAGAUUGUUUAAAUAUUGCAAAUAAAGUUAUGACGGUUAUAAAUUAAAA